AGUUUUACACAAUCAUGGGCACUUUUAAAGGCACACCAUUUGCAAAAACUCCAUAAAUUGAAACCACACGCGCCGCCGCAGCGCGUAGAAACAGAAAAUUAAUUUUACUGAAAACCAAGAAAUAAGCUGAAGAAAGAAAAAGAAAAAGAAAAAGAGAAAUUAAUAAACAUUAUUAGCUUAGCACUAUCAAAACAAGCGCCCACCCAACACAGACACUCUGCUUAGUUCAUAGUUAAGUUUAAGUUCCUUAAAAAAAAUUUCUUUUAGAGAGAGAAAAUAAAAGAAAGUUGAGAGAGAAACAGGAGAAAGAAUUCUGGUCCGUACCUUCUUUAUUGCACAUUUUCUUGCUUUUCUUUUUCUCUUCUGCUACUUGCUUUCUUUCAGGUCUUUCUACAGAUUGGAGAGUGAGUUUAUGAUUGAUGUUUGUGGAGAAAGAGAAAAUUGAGAUAGAGAGCAAUGGGAACGAAGAGAUCUGGCAAAGAAGAGUACUCGGUUUUGGAGAUCUAUCUAAAGGUCUUUGUUGGGUUUGUUUUGAUCUACUCAGCUACAAUCUCCUACGGAGUUACUAAUCCUAGUGAUGUUGCUGCAAUUAAUAGCUUAUACUCUUCACUGGGAUCUCCUAUACUGCCCGGGUGGGUUGCUUCUGGAGGAGACCCAUGUGGCGAAUUGUGGCAAGGUGUUGCUUGUGAGGCUUCAGACAUAACAUCCAUAGUUCUUAAUGGUGCUAAUUUGGGUGGAGAACUUGGUAAUGACUUGGGCAUGUUCACUUCUAUCAGAUCAAUAGAUUUAAGCAGCAACCGCAUUGGGGGGAGCAUUCCAUCUAACCUGCCCGUUACCAUGCAAAACUUUUUCCUUGCAGCAAAUAAUUUCACUGGAAGCAUCCCAGAUUCAAUAUCCUCCCUGACUCUGUUGACAGCCAUGUCCCUGAACAACAACUUCUUAAGUGGAGAGAUACCAGAUUCCUUCCAAUUCCUUGCAGGGUUGAUCAAUCUAGACUUAUCCAGUAACAAUUUCAGCGGGCAGCUACCUCCUUCAUUUGAAAACUUAAUUCAUCUUACAACCUUGCGUUUGCAGGAAAAUCAGCUGUCUGGGACCCUUAAUGUUCUUGAAGAUCUUCCUUUGAAAGAUUUGAAUAUAGAGAAUAACCUGUUCUCAGGACCCAUACCCGAGAAAUUAUUGGCCAUUCCAGAUUUUAGAAAAGAUGGGAACCCAUUCAAUAACAGCACUGCCCCUUUACCUGCACCAACAUCCCCAUUGACGCCACCACCAGCACCAGGACUUUCUGGAGCACCAUCUUCACCAUCUUCACCUUCAUCGGGGAAAACACCUGGCAAACAGAUUGAUGGACCGUCUUCUCCAGAGGAAUCAAGUUCUGGAGAAAAAAAAUUUCUGACUACUAAAAGAGUUGUUUGGAUAUCAAUUGCUGGUGUAUUGCUGUUUGUAAUUUUGGCAAUAGCACUAGUGCUUUUUAUGCCAAGAUGUAGCAGAAGAAGGGAGGAAGCUGGCAGAAUUUUCAAGAGGCAUCAAGUUGGGGCAGAUAAAGGCAACAGAGAGAAUCCAAGGGACCAUGGGUCCUUGGACCAACCAACUAAUGAAACAGAAAAAGUUUCGAAAGAGGCUUUGGCACUGCCAAAGGAGGAUCAUCCAAAGCCACAAACUGUGCAUGAAAGAAAUAUGCCUAGAAUACCAAAACGGGAUGAUUAUGCAAUAGAUAUGAGCAGAAUGGAUUCAUUUUUCAUGCCACCUCCUCCACCCCCUCCCCCUCCCCCUCCACCACCUCCACCUCCUCCCCCUCCUCCACCUGCUCCUAUAUCCUCAGUGGAAAAGGUGAUUGUUACACCUACUGUUCCUACAGAAGCAAGCACAGCGAAACCUCCCAUUAAAGCUCAGAAUCCCCUCACUUCAGCUAGGUCUUUCACAAUUGCAUCCCUUCAGCAAUACACCAACAGCUUUUCUCAAGAAAAUCUUAUAGGAGGAGGCAUGCUGGGAAAUGUUUACAGGGCAGAGCUUCCUAAUGGGAAGCUCCUUGCAGUUAAGAAACUGGAUCAGAAGGCAUCAAGCCAGCAGAAGGAUGAUGAGUUUAUUGAACUGGUUAACAACAUUGAUCGGAUCCGACAUGCUAAUGUUGUUGAGCUCAUGGGUUACUGUGCCGAGCAUGGUCAAAGGCUUUUAAUCUAUGAGUAUUGCAGUAAUGGGACACUGCAGGAUGCACUACAUUCAGAUGAUGAAUUGAAGAAGAAACUUUCCUGGAACACCCGUAUUCGAAUGGCACUUGGAGCUGCCAGAGCCUUAGAGUACUUGCAUGAGGUUUGUCAGCCACCUGUUGUACACAGAAAUUUCAAGUCUGUCAACAUUCUCCUUGAUGAUGAUCUUGAUGUGCGUGUCUCAGAUUGUGGUUUGGCUCCAUUGAUAUCAUCAGGCUCUGUUAGUCAGUUGUCAGGGCAUCUGCUAACAGCUUAUGGUUAUGGGGCUCCUGAAUUUGAGUCUGGAAUUUAUACUGUCCAUAGUGAUGUUUUCAGCUUUGGGGUGGUUAUGCUAGAACUCUUAACAGGCCGAACGUCCUAUGACAGGACACGAACUCGAAAUGAGCAGUUUCUGGUGAGAUGGGCAAUCCCUCAGCUUCAUGACAUUGAUGCAUUAUCCAAGAUGGUCGAUCCUUCUCUUAAUGGAGAAUACCCUGCCAAAUCUUUAUCACACUUUGCCGAUAUUAUCUCCCGAUGUGUCCAGAAUCAGCCGGAAUUCAGGCCACCAAUGUCUGAGGUUGUCCAGGAUCUGACAGACAUGAUUCGGAGAGAGCGACCUAGCAGGGAGUCAAUUGGGGAGUGACUGGACUGGAAUUAUAAGAUGUUGCUUGCUGUCUAAGGUUGUGAAAGUGAAGGUGCAGAUGUUGAAGAUGGGAUGCAAUGGGAAACAAAAAAUGCCACACUCGGAACACAACUGCUCACAUCUCAAUAUCCAUAAUAACCCUUGGAAGGAAGUCAACCCAGCAGCUUAUGAGAUCAAAACAAAAGGGAAUCGGCUUCCGGCGAUGAAAUUUGGUGAGGAUUGUGAACAGAACAACUCAAAUUCUUGUGGUAAAUUUAUUUGUGAUUCUAUUGUUGAUUAAAUUAUACAAUCAUGUCUUUUUUACUGCAGAAGAAAUUCGCUAACCCGAUUGUUUUUGUAAUUCUUGAUAAUGAAAUUUAUUUUUUGUUUGUUUGUAA